GAGACGUUCCAGGGAUCCAGCAGUCAACACCUGCCAGGCUUAAAGAACCCAGGAGGUUAGAGUACAGCUUACGUGACAACAAGACACCGUUUUCCCUUUUUCGGACCCGGAGCGUUUAUCUUCCGUCAGGCUGUCACGAAAACAUUUUUUUUUGCUUGUUUUUUUUUUUUAGUAUUCUCGUGUUCACGGUUUGGGAGAUAAGAGAAUGAAGCAGUAACUUCGCGUUAUCUCCUCUUACAGGAGACGCAACGCAUCGAUCUCCAAGAGCAAAGGAUUCACAUGAAAAGAAGUCAAAAACCCUGAAGGUGUUUAUAGGUGAACUACUGUUGGGCGGAUUAAAGUGUUUUUUCUUUCUUUCUUUUUUUCUUUUUCGUUCUGUCUCUCUCUGUCCAAGACUGAGGAAUAUCACAUCAAGACUAAGAGGAAUGUGGUGAUAAAAUCUCACCUGCGCCUCAGUUUUUACCCCCAGACCUGACAGAAAGCUUGGAGACAAAGCAUACAACAAAAAGCAGUGCCAGAACCAACAUGUGAAAACAUCUGAAUGCUCGACCUGUGCUGACAAACAUCAAGUGAGAAGCCAGAUCUGAUCAAGCAGACUGAGUCUGAUCUUAAGCCAGUGAAGCACUCAAGAAAAGAGAAAAGGUCUCUAUAGGACUUUGAGUCACAUGGGCAUUAUGGGAACCAGAGUCAUCCUGUUGCUGCUGGUUAUGUGUCUUUGCGGUGUAUCCUGCAUCCUGCGUUCAGCUCCCAGAGUGGCUUUAGCUUUUAAAGAACUAAUGGACACUCGGACAGCAAGACCGUUUAGUUUAUCUUUCAACACCAGCGAUUACCGGAUCCUUCACAUGGACCAGGAUCAGGGCCGUCUUUACCUGGGCAGUCGCGAGUACCUCGUUUCACUGGACAUGCAGAAUGUCAACAAGGAGCCUCUAAUUAUCCACUGGCCUGCUCCGACACAGAGAAAGGGAGAGUGUCAGAUGACAGGGAAAGGAAAGCAUGGAGAGUGUGCCAAUUUUGUGCGUAUGAUCGAACCAUGGAACAGGACUCAUCUGUACACAUGUGGCACUGGAGCUUACAGACCCAUCUGUACCUUCAUCAACAGAGGCUGGAGAGCUGAAGACUAUCUCUUUAGGCUGGUCCCUGGAUAUAUGGAUUCAGGAAAGGGUAAAUGCUCCUACGACCCAAACCAGGAAGAUGUGUCAGCUUUUAUCAAUGGCAGCCUGUAUGCUGGUGUACAUGUGGACUUCAUGGCCACUGACCCAGCUAUCUUUAUGACGAUGGGGAGCAGGCCAGCUAUUAGAACAGAGCAGUAUGACUCCAGGUGGAUUAAUGAACCAGUGUUCAUUAAAAUAAAGCAGAUUCCUGACAGCUCUGAGAAGAAUGAUGACAAGCUCUACUUUUUCUUCCGGGAGAAGAGUCUGGACUCUGGAGGGACAGCGAGCCCCAGCGUGCUGGCCAGAGUGGGACGAGUGUGCCUGAAUGAUGAGGGAGGACAGAAGAUACUAGUUAACAAAUGGACAACAUUUCUGAAAGCCAGGUUGGUGUGUUCUGUGAUGGGUGAUGAUGGUGUGGAGACCUUCUUCGAUGAGCUGAGAGAUAUUUUUAUUCAGCCCACCCAGGAUGAGCGUAACCCUAUGGUGUAUGCCGUUUUCUCCACUGCAGGGUCUGUUUUUAAGGGAUCAGCCGUGUGUGUUUACUCUAUGGCUGAUAUACGUAAUGUAUUCAAUGGGCCUUUUGCCCACAAACAUGGGCACAACUACCAAUGGACGAUGUACACAGGAAAGAUCCCCUACCCUCGACCUGGAACUUGUCCUGGAGGCGCAUUUACUCCGAGUUUGCAGUCUACCAAAGUGUUCUCAGACGAUGCUGUGAACUUCAUUCGCUCGCACCCACUCAUGUAUCACUCUGUGUAUCCAAUACACAAGCGUCCCCUGGUGGUACGCUCAGGCGUAGACUACAGGUUCACCACCAUCGCUGUGGACCAGGUGGAUGCUGUGGAUGGGAGAUAUGAGGUGUUUUUUCUAGGCACAGAUCGUGGAACAGUACAAAAGGUUAUAGUUUUGCCCAAAGAUCCAACCACCAUGGAAGAGCUGACAUUAGAGGAAGUGGAAGUUUUCAGGACACCAGUACCUGUUAAAACAAUGAGGAUAUCUGCUAAAAGGCAACAGCUGUACGUAUCGUCAGAUGCAGGUCUUACCCAGGUAUCAUUGCAUCGAUGUGGCGUCUAUGGUAAGGCUUGCUCAGACUGCUGUCUGGCCCGUGAUCCCUACUGUGCAUGGGAUGGAGAAAGCUGUACACCCUUCACACAGGCUACUAAAAGGAGGAGCAGAAGGCAGGAUGUAAAACAUGGUGACCCUCUACGUCAGUGUCGAGGAUUUAACGCUAAAGUGGAGAAGAGACUUAAGGAGACAAUGCAGUUUGGUGUGGAGGGAAGCAGCACGUUUUUGGAGUGUGUACCAAGAUCACCUCAAGCUACAGUCAAAUGGCUCUAUCAAAAAGACGGAAGAAGGAAAUUGCUAAAUAGAGAGGGUGAAGUACUGAGCACACCUCAAGGUGUCCUGCUGAAAUCCCUCACCCACUCAGACGCUGGUUUAUACCACUGCCUGGCCACUGAGAAUAACUUCAAGCACACUCUAGCACGCGUCUCCUUGCGCAUUCUGGACCGCAACAUCGCAGUGGCCCUCACUGUACCUGACGAUGAAGAUAAAGAGGAGGAGAUGAUGCCGAGGCAUCGCAAGCCUGAAUCACAAGCCCAUCACCCGGCUGGCAACGUGCAGCCAUUAGAGCCUGAGAUGCGUGUGAUCCACCAGUAUUGCCAAUCCUACUGGGAACAGCUCACUGACCGAGGGGAGCAGCCAAGCAGACGUCCAACCCGCAGACACACAGAGGGUCAUGAACCCAGUGGAGGCUGAGACUGACCUGCCUACUUCUUCCAUUCACCUAUUGGUCUAUUCUGUCUUCCUGUUGAUGUACUCUGCUGAGAGUGAGGUGAAGGGACACAUGUGUAAACUUCUUAUUUCAUAAGAGACUCAUCUGCUCAGCUCUCAUGCUCAUUUUUUUGCUGUGUUUGUCUUGAUAUUGUGGUUUGCAUACUUUCUCCUUCAUUUCUUAUAUUCCAUUAUGGGUCAUGUCUCAUUAACUUUGCUCAAGUCUUCUGGUGUUCCAUUGAUUUUGGACCAUAUUUUGACCCUAAAAAAAUGCUCUGACCAUCAUUGUGAUAUUUGCACAUUUUAUGACCCAGCUUGUGUUGCUCUCACUUCCUUGUUUUGCUGGAUAUCUGUCAUUUACUGGAAUAACAUAAGUUUAAGCACCUUAGAGUAUGAUUAAACUGACUAGAUCAUGACUAGACAACACAAAUUUCCUGUGUGUGUAUAUGUAUAAGUGUUCCGUCUGUGGGCCAGUGCAAUUUCCCAUGUGCUGCCUGGGCACUGAAAGCACAUGGUACAGUACAGAUAACAGUAAAUCAGUAGAUAAAGCUGUACAUGUAUCCUGGUUAUCCUUCCUGGUUGGAAAAUUGCACCAUUUCUUGUUUAAGGAAACACUACAUUGUCUUCAUGGGUGUCACUAUAGCUGAUAAUGUGUAUUUAUUUUUAAGUUGUAUUUUUUUUUUUGUCUUAGUGGAGAAUUUAUAAACUAUAAAAAAAGGUGGAGGGCAUUUUGCAUGACAGACAAGGAAUAUAGUUAUAUUUAUUUAAGUGUAAUUAUAAUAACACCAUGGUUCUUUGUAUAUAGGUUUGAUCACCACAGACUUGUGUAGUGACUAAUGAUCUCGCCUUCAAAAUGAGUAACACUGGAUUUUGGUAACUAAAAAUGCACAAGAUUUUAUUAGUAUUAUAAAGAUUAGAAUGAUGUUGUGUUGUUUGAAUGUUCUUUUUGUUUUUAAAUAUAUUGACCUAAUGGAAAUAAAAGAGCAUUGCUGCUUA